AGGAAUUUCCCCUGCAGGAUAUAUAAAUCGUGAACAUGAUGGGACUUCGUUACUGCUGCAGUUUGGUGACUUUGUGCAUUCUCUUUUUGAUCGCCGUUGUCAAAAUGAACUUCCAGGCGGCUCUAUUCGUCACACUUGUGGGUAUCGUGGUCUCUGCCCCAAUCUCUGACAAACUGGACAUUAUGAGCAAGGAUACUAUUGAACAGGCUCACAGUUUAAUCAACAAAAUUCUACAAGACAUUCCUACAACUCAUGCAGCCUGGAUAAACAACACGAGUCUGACCUUGGGCGACAGCAAUACUAUGCAGGAGUUGCAGUACUUGAAGAAUUAUAUAAAUAUAACCUAUGCCCCAGUUCUUCAGACUAUCUCCAAUGAAUUCAGCAUGGAAUCCUGCCUUGCAAAUAUAACGAAGGGACUGCAACUGCAUAUGAAUCUCUUGAAAGAAAUCAUUAAUGUAUCCAAACUGGCUCAGACAGAACAAGUGAUAGACCUUCAAGCUGAAAUUCAAGAACUUCUGGACCUAAUUGAAGAGUUGCAGAACCAGGCAGGAUUUGACACAUCAACGCAGGCAACAGAUGAGCAUUCGCAUGAUCUGGUCAAUCGUCUGACAAAUACAUACUUGGCCCAGGUGGCAGCCCACCUCACCCUGCAACAGCUUCAGGACUUCAGCUGUGAAAUCCUCCGCAGUAUUCGCAGUAUGACAUCCAGCUCGGCAGAAAACUCUUAACUGUGCAGCUCUGCGUAAAUGCAGCCUAGACUGUAAAGCCCAAAGUAUACCUGAGUUUUGACACAAACGCAGGGCCUUUCAAAAUAUACUUGUAGCCUAACAAAAAAAAAAAAAAUUAAUCUGGCUGUUGUAAUCUAUAGAGCAUGCAUAGAUUAAAAAAAUGGGUAACACUUUAGUAUAGGGUCCAAUUCACACUAAUAACUAGUUGCUUAUUAGCAGGUCUAUUAUUAUUAUAUUGGCUGUUUAUUAGUGCUUAUAAAGUACAUAUAAUGCAUGACAUCCAUAAUCCUACCCAAUACCCUAAACUUAACAACUACCUUUUAAACUAUUAAUAAGCAGCAAGUAAGGAGUUAACUGAGUCAAAAGUCAUAGUUAAUGGUUAGUUAAUAGUGAGAGUUGGACCCUAAAAUAAAGUGUGACCAAAAAAUGGGUUAUGCAUGUACAGCAUUGUACCCUAGCAUACAUGUUAAAAUUAAAGUAAACUUUGGGCUUUACACAAAAAAAGAUACAGCGACAAGUAAAAUACAAAAUUAACAGUUAAUAUGUGUUUCAAGGUACACAGUCAAAUUAUUGUUGCUGGAAUCAUGUUGUACCAACAGUCAGGGCAUGGAGAGAAUGGUAUUUGUUUCUUUGUAUUUUUCUUCAGAUUUAGUAUAUUUGUUUAUUUAUUAAUUAGGUUAUUUAUGUUAUAUUGAACUUGGAAUUUUAUUUAAUAUUUAUGAAUUUAGCCACUGAGGAACUUCCUUAAAUGACUGCAUUUUUUACAGCCUCAUAAAUUAAUGUAUUAUUUAAUUCACUGUGAAAUACUUUACUGUGUCAUACAAUCUGAGCAUAUGACCAUGUCUCAUAAGUUGCCAAAUGAGAACAUGGUCAUUGGAUUGAUCACCUGAUCUCUGUGAGAACUACACACUGUUUUUAUUAGUCAUUUCAUGUGAUAUUAUGUGAUAUGUAAUGUGAUAUUAUACCCAUGAAAAGAAAAUGAGAUUUCAGAUGAGUUUAUGAUUCAGUAUUAUUUAUUUAUUUAUUUAAACUAAAAAUGUGUGUAUUUAUUUUUUGCCAUUAUUUGUUAAGAUAUUUUGGAAUAUUUGAAGAUUUGCCUUAUAUGUGAUCAAAAUAAACAUUUCUGAUGCAUGUUAAA